AUGGUACAAGUAACAACCCGUCGUCAAAGAGCGAAUCCUCUUCGGCACAUGUGCCUGCGGGAUGGCCUGGCCUCUCUGGGAACAUGUACAUUGAUGGUGGUGUUGUAUGCCUCCGACGCUACGGGACCCUGGUUGAGGCAAUUGAGGACUGCGGGCAACGAUAACAGUGGCACCGUAUCCCCCCUUCUUAAUCGCACUAACGACAGUGACAUUUCCGUGACAAAGGCUUCCAAAGUGCCACCCAUUGAGUUGUCGUACAAGAAACCUUCCUGUAUACCCCCACGAUCUCCUCAUGCACUACAAGAAUUUGUGGUACUUGGCGUCAACCUGGCUCAGUACGGUUAUGAGAGUGGCCAUGAGGCUGGACAAGUUGUUACUGUUUCCAUGGACCAGCCUUACCUGCUUUACGAAGACUUUGACAUUGCAGAUCAAUUGAUGGCUUCCAAACGAUGGAUGCAGAGCAUGCACAUACCUAAACCAGAGGCCAUGUUUCUUCUCUACAAACAUGAAUUGGAUGCCAUUAUUGCCAAGACAAGCAAGGCAGCCCCUGGAAUAUCCCUAGAGCGCCAAGAAUACAGAGCUAUUCUCCGGCUGCUGCCACGAAAGAAGUCAUUUGUGGCUAAACCAACCAAUAGGGCCUGCUCAAGUGGGGUUUGGGUCGUCAAGUACGAUUCCAAGGAGGACAAGACACUCAUGGGCUAUGGUGGCUCAUACCUCGAAACACCCUACGAUGACAAGGCCAUAGCCAAAAGGCUCUCCGGAGACCUGAACCGAGUCGAUGACAACUGUGGUGAUUGGGCCAUGGACCAGGUGAAAGCUGGUUUUGUCAUCGAAGAGAGAUUCAGCGCAUUUGACUCCGAUGACAAGCCAGCAGUGGAAUUCAAAGUGUUUACUAUAUGGGGACGAGUCUGGUUGGCAAACUGGAGACGAGGGAACCGUCGACCUGGUCUUGUCCAUCGUAAUGGAACAGUUGUGGAAUGGACUGGAAAAGACACAGACAGCCUGCCCGAUUGGGUCAAUUGGGAUCGAGUAGUAGAAGUUGCAGAACGACUUGCCAGGCACAAGGACAUGUACCGAGUUGACGUGUUUGUAGGACUUCCAUCUGAUCAUCCGGCACUCAAGUCUACUUCUCGAGCAGCGCAAAUGGCCGCCGUCCAAAUACGAGUGUCAGAGACCGAGUUUGUUCCUUCAACACAUCUCAAGGAUCCUGCACUAUUCGAAGAAGCAUCACGGUUGUGGAAAGCUGGAUACAAAAUGGGCAUACACAAACUUAUCCCCAAUGACGAAGUACCGAAGGCUUUUCUCGAAAAGGGAUUUUUGUCAGAAGAGGAUGCAGAGGCCUUGGCUGUGGAUGACCAUUUUGCGCCCAUUCGAGUCAAGAACUAG